AUGGAAGAGACAAAAGACAGCUUAGCGUUUAAAGGUGUUGCUGAGAGACUGACGCUUGGCAUUCCUCGAAUACUGGAGAACAUGCCUGGUGUGGUCGACGUGCGGUUCGCAGAGAGGGAACCUGCAGAGAAGAGGAGCUUGCUGUCAUGGGAGCAGAAAAACACUUGUAUUUUGCCAGAGGACCUGCGAGAUUUCUACCUGACCACUGACGGGUUUACACUAACCUGGAACGUUAAACUGGACGAUGAGUGUGUUCCCUUAGGAUGCAUGAUGAUCAACAGUGUGGCCAGGCUGUGUCCACUGCUCCAACCAGUCCCACUUUUUUCCCUACCCAAUGCACCUUCACUGGCUGACCUGGACUGGGAGGAGAGCAGCACAGAACAUGGGUCGGAGCAUGCUCCUGCUGCACCCCAUUUUGAUUCCCGGAGCCGCAUCUUCGAGUUGGAUUCUUGUGGUGGGAAUGGCAAGGUGUGUCUGGUUUACAAAAACUGCACUCCAGGUGUGGUAGCCCAGCAGAGUGAUAUUUGGUUCCUCGACCGCUCGCUGUGCUGGCAUUUUCUGACGGCAACCUUCACCUCCUACUACCGACUGAUGAUCACCCACCUGGGUCUGCCUGAGUGGCAGUAUUCCUUUACCCCAUAUGGCCCCAGCCCUCAGGCCAAGCAGUGGGCAUCGCUGUACCAGCCGCUGACCUUUAGGAGUGAGCUCAGCCUGGCUGACCCUGCUGGAGAUUCCUAUCUCAACAAGCUGGAUCCUACCAGGGCCUUUAAAGGCAAAGUUAAGGUACCCGCUCCCAAGAAGAAGCAGUCAGCACAGUGCAACUUGGGGAACACUGCCAAGAGCCAAGGCAACACAGGAAGACACAAUGGGCCAAAGCGGUGA